AUGUCAUUCAGGAUAAAUUGGAAUGCUAUUGAGAAGGGAUCCUUGUCCUCCUGGUCCACCGAGCUGCUCAAUGAUGCACUCAACACCGGAGACCGCCCCAAUAUGCUAAGUUCAGAGAUCCAGAUUGAAGACCUCAACUUUGGAGAGAAGGCCCCUGACUUCGAAAUCUUGGAGAUUGGUGAUUUGGGAUCUGAUAGGUUCAGAGGUAUUUUCAAGCUGAACUAUAAUGGCGACGCGUCUAUUACUCUGAGGACCAAGGUUCAAGCCAACCCUCUGAGAAUCUAUAACGAUAAUGUGAUUGACGACCUGAUCGAACGCAGCAAUCCCUCCUACAGCGACGGCGUUGAGGAGCUGGCCAACUUUGUGAAACCUCAAUUUGUGAUUGCCGAUGAAAGUUUCAGUAUACCGCUGAACUUAACGCUGAGUCAGAUAAAGAUCUCUACGAUUAUCAUCAUUGUGUUCACCAAGAGCAAAGGUUUGACUCUUGUUUUCAAAAACGACCCGCUGGAGUCGAUAUCGAUCAACUCCACUUUUGAUAGAAUCAAGCCCUUGGCUCAGCUGCUUCAGAAAAAGAUUGAGAUUCAGAUUGGAGAGCUGUUUAAAGAAUUCUUGCCCAGUAUUCUCUAUAAGUUCAGUCUCAAGUACACCACGGAAAGCUUUGAUCAAUUCCACAAAGACCUGUUGCGGGAAGAACUAGAUGAUUUACUCGACAAGAGAGUUAACUUCAAGGAUAUCGAUCCAGAAGCCCCUAUGGGAAUCUCUCCUGGUUCUUUGAUGAGACUUACAACUUUGGCCACUGCAAGACAGACCCUCGCAUUGGGCGGAAAGUUGUCUGCGGACAGAAUGAAUAGAGAUAUUCUCACCAAGAGUUAUGUGAACCACAUUGUGCAGCGCAGCUUCAACAGGUUGCGUUUGUCGGAGUCGGAUUUCGAAAACAUCAACAAAAAUGUGGAUGUGAUCAGGCAAUUCCAAACUAAGAUAUACUACAAGCACAAUGGAGACAACCCACAUCAUCUCCUUGAUCAUGGUGUAUCCCCAAAGAGGCGGGUUAUCAAGAUGAAAAAGAAGAAGAAUCAAUCAAAGCAAAACUCUCUACAGAGCGAAAGUUCGUCUGUAUUGUCCAGUCCUGCUGCGUCUGUUCCUGCUUCGGCAAUGACAUCGCCUGCUCGCAUUAUCUCCAGAAAGCUUCCAGAAGUCGUUCACGAUGUUCCAAUGUCCAGCGAAGAAAGCGAUUGGUCCAGCUCUACUCUGUUUCCCCGGUCACGGAAGCCUUCCGGGGCUUCGCGUUUCAUUUCCAUGUCUGGUAAUACACUGCAGAAGUCUUCUUCUGUCGGCCCAAUCUCUAGACGUGAGCCAAGUCCUCCUUUGCUGCGCCCAAUUGCUGCCUCUGCUAAGGUCUCACCUCUGUUGAAUCUAGGUUCGAUGUCAUCUUACCAAAAAGAGAAGCCGCUGCCUUUUGCAAACCCAUAUUUUGACUCUUUGAAAGGGCCCGCCAUGGUCUUCAAGUCAGCUUCAAGCUCAAGAUCCAGAUCAAGUUCUACUGCAUCUGCUGCAUCCUCCAGUUCCACCUCAACCAUUUCAUCUUCUACAAACUCUCCAUCCAAAUCCAAGAUGUCUGAAGAAGUUAAAGGGACAAACAGAAGAGAAAUGCUCAAUUUAUUCCUCAAAUACGGAGCUUCCGACUUCUCCAACUCCAAAGCCGCGAAGUUUAGUGUUGGACCCACACAUCCGCAUAAUUCAAACGGAAUUGUGAGUCUUGAUACUCCGCCACCAUAUUUCGCCUGA